UCGCGUAUUUUAUUGGUAACUCCGGCCACGUUUGGACAUACACUGGAGCCGCAGCCAGUACGCAGCCACCGCAGGAGCCGGCCAGCAGCAAACGGAAAGCAGCAGCAGCACCGGGGGGUUUGACCACUGGACUAGCGAAAGGGGAUCGGAUCCACCGCCCGAGAUGGUCAGUUGUGAGCUGCUCCGGCCACUAGCAGGCAGCCUGCCAUGGUUGCUGGUUGCAUUGCUGCCACUGACGGCCGUUGUCGACGCACAGUUCAAGUGCCCGAAGAACCGGGGACAGUUCGAGGAUGCGGUCCAGUGCGACAAGUACUACGUGUGCGAUGAAGGCGAAGCCACGGAGAAGCUGUGCCCCGACGGGCUAGUGUUCGAUCCCACGAUCAAGCUGAUCAACAAGUGUGACCAACCGUUCAACGUGGACUGUGGCGAGCGUUUCGAGUUGCAGCCGGCCCAGACGACGAGUGAGAACUGUCCGCGCAAGAACGGGUUCUUCAGCCAUCCGGACCCGGCGAUCUGCAACGUGUUCUACAGCUGCAUCAACGGGGAAGAGCUGGAGAUGAGUUGUACCGCUGGGCUGCACUUCGACGAGAAGUCGGGCACCUGCGUCUGGCCGGACGUGGCCGGUCGCGAGGGCUGCGGCAGCAACGCCAACAAAAAACUGAACGACGGGUUCCAGUGUCCGAAGGAAACGCGCUACGACAAGAACGGCCAAGUCAUCACGCACCCCAACUACCCGCACCCGACCGACUGCAGCCGGUUCUACUACUGCCUGAGCGGUGUCGAGCCCCGCCUCGGCCAGUGUGACGCCAAGCUCGUCUACAACGAGGACCUGCAGCGGUGCGAUCAACCGGAAAAUGUGCCAGAAUGCAAAGACUGGUACAAGGAGGAGGACAGCGUGAACAACCACUAGCCGAUCCUACCGCAAGAACAGUAGUACGUGUUGACGAUUCGGCCAUCACUCAUCGGUCCACGUCCAGCGGCUAAGUUAUGAUGCCGUAAACCACCCAACCAGGGCCGACUAUGGCUGGCCCGGAUGGGUGGCCCGUUUGUUUCCAGCAUGGCAGCCAUUGUUUCCACCAUCAACCCGGCUUGCCACACAGGCCCACCCCAUCAAACCGUCAGCUCGCCAGCGAAAAGAAGUUGGUACCGGAUCGGUGUAUACACACUAUAUCAAACUCUUGUCUGUGCCGCGCAGAGGUAUUUGGGGCAAAAUUCUACGUUCGAAAGAGAAACAACCGAUAAACAGUCUGAAUGUGUGGAGCGGCGGCACACACGGCACACAAUAAAAAACCGAA